UCCACGCCCCCAUCGCUGAGCUCGGCCAUUGCUCUCCACGGGCGUUACACUACCGGCACCAUUUCUCCCCACACCAACUCGACCGUCUCAUACGUGGACCGGGUCCCUCUUUUGCCUGAAGUGAACCCCGUACUGGACCCUGCUGGGACAAACUCCAUCGUCGAGUGUGCCGAGUCUGUGUCGGCGGAACAGCCGCGUCGCUCACUACGAUCGCAUCGUGCGCGUGGUGCUAGUGAGUGGAACCUUAGGGCGUUGCUGGGGUCCGUGAGGAGCGGUGACGCUGGUGCCCAGGUACAUACGGCCCAGCCCCCCAGCCCGCCUGCCCAGCCCCCCCAGCAUCGCCCUCCUCCUCCCCCCCAACAACAACAAUACCCCCCACCGCGGGUUGACCCCCUAGUAUCUAUACUUUCGGUGCCGUCCACUGCUACUUUGCCAUCACUUCUGCAUCUUCAUCACAAGAGCUGCAGUGCACCGGUCUCGUGCUCUGCACCAGCCACUUGUCCCAGCGGCGCAGUGGAUUCUCGCACUCCUUCCUCCACAUCCUCCCCCUCCAGUGCCCCAGUCAGCUCCACAGCACCCGCAUUUGUGGGAGUCCGGCCGCACUCUCUUAAUCCCCUAGCACUUCCCCAGUCUUUGCUCCCACAACGACAACAACAACAACAUCAGAGGACCUUGCCUUCGCUGCAUCAAUCACUCACUUCUCAGGGCGUUAUUCCUGGCGGUGGUCUUGUGAACACGACAUCUUCGUCAUCAUCAUCCAGCCUCCCUCACCAUCAUCGUCACGUGCAUCAUCAAAUACAGCACCAUCCAGCCAGCAGCAGCAAUAGUUUCAACACAAGCGGCAACAUCAACGCCAUCAUUGCCAACAACAGCAACAACAACGGCAUUAGCUGCAGCAGCAGCACUACCAGCACGGCUACAAUGGCCACAAGCAGAGUCCCUUCACCCACACCGACGGAACCCAACACACCCGUCGCCGAAAACUGGUGCUACACCCAGGUGAAGGUGAUCAAGUUCAGUUACAUGUGGAGCAUCAACAACUUCAGUUUCUGUCGGGAAGAGAUGGGCGAGGUUUUGAAGUCGUCGACCUUUUCUGCUGGUGCCAACGACAAGUUGAAAUGGUGUUUACGUGUUAAUCCUAAAGGUCUGGAUGAGGAAAGCAAAGACUACCUCUCCUUGUACCUGCUGCUAGUCUCGUCGAAUAAGUCUGAAGUCAGGGCCAAGUUCAAAUUCUCCAUACUAAAUACCAAGAGAGAAGAAACUAAAGCAAUGGAGUCUCAGAGAGCCUACAGAUUCGUCCAGGGUAAAGACUGGGGUUUUAAGAAAUUCAUCAGAAGAGACUUUUUGUUAGAAGAAGCCAACGGUCUCCUACCUGAUGAUAAACUCACACUCUACUGCGAGGUGUCGGUAGUGGCGGACAGCGUUAACAUCAGCGGCCAGAGCAACACGGUGCAGUUUAAAGUGUCGGAGUGCCGCCUCUCUGAGGACCUGGGGAUGCUGUUUGAUUCUCAGCGCUACUGCGACGUCACGCUCGCUGUCGGCGCCAGGGAGUUCCAAGCACACAAAGCUCUCCUAGCUGCUCGGUCUCCGGUGUUCGCUGCGAUGUUCUCACACGAGAUGGAGGAGCGCAAGCACAACCGCGUCGAGAUCAUGGACGUGGAGCCUGAGGUGCUGCACGAGAUGUUGCGCUUCAUCUACACCGGCAAGAGCAACAACCUCACCAGAAUGGCUGACGAUCUUCUUGCUGCUGCUGAUAAGUACGCGCUGGACCGCCUGAAGGUGAUGUGCGAGGAGGCGCUGUGCACGAACCUAAGCACCGAGAACGUGGCCGACGUGCUGAUCUUGGCAGACCUUCACAGCGCCGACCAACUCAAGGCGCAGGCCAUCGACUUCAUUAACACUUGUUGCAGACACGCGACUGACGUGAUGGAGACCACGGGCUGGAAGGCAAUGAUCAGCAGUCACCCGCACCUCAUCGCCGAGGCUUUCAGGGCGCUAGCAACACAACAGACGCCUCCCAUGGGGCCUGCACGCAAGAGAAUAAAGGCCAGUCCCUGAAAAUACCAGCCUUUAGGUCUCAUAUCUAAGCUCAUCCCAGCGCCCUCAUCCAGCUUGCUUGGUGUUUGCAGGUGAACUAAUUCAUUCUUGAAAUCUUCUUUUUGCUGAUUUACUCCGGAAACUGCUUUAGCUGAAGUGUACCAAUAACUGAACCAGCAGAGGAUGUAUAAAUUGGUUUUGUAUUCUAAAUUUUUUUUCGUUUGUUUGAAGUGUCAGUGCAAGGUACUAUUUGCAAAAAUACAGGCCGACUUUGUUUAACAGUAUUGGCUGUAUAUUCAGGUCUGCUAGUGCAAAUCAUGCUCUCCCAAAUGUUCUUUAUUAAUAUUCCAGUCACUACGAAAGAGUUUCAAGGCAAGGUAGAGUUUCACCGUGUUUCUGUGAUGAGAUGUGUACAUAGCUUUUGUGUUAGCGUUAGAGGGGCCAUGUCUUCAACUCGGUCUCGCAAGUAUCCAGUCUACGCCAAGGAAUUAGAGGGUUUUGAGUGGUACGUUGUAGUUAGCAAUGGAAGUCUAUAUUGAAGGUUGACUUUUUGUUUCAUGUAAAAAUGAUUUUUUUUUGUGAUGAACUAAUUGGAUCAUAGUAUAGUAAAGUUUUUCAAUUGACCCAUGAUUUCUAAGACUCCAUUAUUCUUAACAAAUUUAGACAUCGGUUUCUGUCUGUCACUCGUUUUUAUUUCUUUUUCUGUUAGAUAUUUGCGAUGAAGUUUUCAAUAGCUGCAGUUUAUCUACAAAUUUUAAUGCAAUCUUACUGUGUUUAAUUUUAGUUCUGGUAAAAUUUUUUCCAAGUUCUGCUUGGAAGUUGCGUACUACAAAUAAAGCUUUUGAGCAUUUCCUGUUUAUGGUUCCGGAAUGAAUUUUGUAAGUAGAACUAGAGUUUAAAAAGGAACAAAACGGUCGCAGAUUUUUAUGUGAAAACUUAAGGCGAUGUUGUUGAUAAGAGGUUAGGACGACAGCUGUAGCUGUUUGUUGCACUCCCCUCAUACCUGAUGUUCUGCACCCGCAACUGAUGGUUCUGCUGGAUGUGUUUACUGGUACUAUCAUAGGACUGUGCCUGCGAUUCUCUUGGUGACCCCCACACUUUGUACAGACUAAGAGGCUGAGAGAAAGACGUUCUAAAUGUUAUGUCCCCUUCAUUUUGAUCUCAAGUAACGUCCUAUUACGCCUAGUUUAUGGAGCGUCACACUCAUUAUCUUUGAUGUUUUUGUGCUGCCGAGGCUCUCUUGUUUUGCUCGCACUCACCGCCAUCGUAUAGUUUUAAUGAUAAUACUUGCUUUCCAUGUCCAUCCAUAGCCUAUUUAUGUGUCAUUUCGGUCUGUCAUUUAAGUUGAUGAUACGCAUGUGCGCAUAUCAUCGAUAACAAUAUAGAAGUGUAUUUCAACUUUGUUCCGAACAUGUUAGGUAAUCAAGCUCAGAGAAUUCAAUAUUUCAUUGGUAGCUCUAGUCCGUAAUUCUUCACAUCAACAUACUGUGAUGGAUGAAAUAUUUCACUCAUGGAUACAAAAUCGUACAUUGUAAAGGAUAUCGGUAUUCAGUAAACAAUGUUACGGUCGUUUUUGAAAUAGUAAUGCAUUCGUUAUUAUGCAUAAAAAAUUUCCUUGUCUCAGCCCUCGUUAUUUCUGCAGCAACUGAUUCUAGUCGACAUCUUAGACUAGUGCCAACACUGGCCACAAGUGAUAGAUUUUCCAUGCGAUAACUAAAAUUCUCUUCCUGGAACGUGAUUACAUUUUACACCUUCUGAUCUUACUAAGAAACAGAACUCAAAAGUGUGAUUGAUUGAAAAAAACUGCCACUAAGUGAUAGCUUUUCACACAUUUUGAGUUAUGUAUCUUCUCACCAGUCGAGUGGGCUAGCUGAGGAAAUUGUAUAUAUAAUAACGGAACAUUAAAUCAAUUUUGGUACUCAAGAGAAUUCCUGUAGCAACUGUACUGAUUUAUACUAGAGCCCCCAACCCCUUCUCUGUUGUAAGACUGUACAUAGUAGGAAUUGAUGUGAUGCUUUCUUAUCUUUAAGUGAUGGAUGAUCGCUUUUCUUUUUGCCUGUUAACUGUAAACUUGUGAGCGUUUCAGUUCAUCGUCAGUUGUUUUAUAUAUUAAGAUACGAUUUUUGUGAAGCGUGUAUUUUGGUAACUCUCUGCAACGUAGCAGUUGGUUAACUACAAACUCAGGUACAGCAUCGUUGAUCCAGUUGUCGCAUUCAUUAUCUUGUUGCUUGCUUACUCACAUUUCAUCGUAGAUAUUCUCGUAAGAACUUAAUGUCUUUUCUUGUAAUUUUUCCUCACAUUGGUUUUUCUACAAACAUAACAUUAAUAUAAGUUCUAAACCAAUACGGAUGUCAAAUGUUAGAAUCACGAUCUCUGUAAUUAAUUUGCUAGAAUUCAUUUAAAACAUCCGACCGACAAUCGAAAUUCUUGAGGUUCAAUAUCCGGUAUCUUUUUCAGUGUUAAUUUGCAUCAAAAGGUGGUAUCAAAUUUUCUCGUCCAAAAUUUUAGGUCAGUUUGAGAUUGAAAUGAAGUUAUACGUGUUACAGAUAUCUAUGUGGUAUAGAUAUGAUUUCCCUUUUGAUUAUUAACCGAAAUUUGUAAGAUUUUAAAUUGCUUCUAUAUUUGGUUUAUUUUUCAAGCCAUUUCUGUUACUGUCGUGAUGCGUGCGUGUGAUGUCGAUUAAAGAAAAGGUAAUUUUGCCAACCUUGUUGAUGAUUAACUCAAUUUCAAUUAUCGCCACUUUUGAAAGACAUUUUUGUUAUUCACUUGCAGAUUUGUAAAAUGAAUUAGUAUUGAGGUGUGACCAGGAAUAAUAAAUGUUAUAUUGUUAACGGAGGAGCCUGUGAUUUCCAACUUUGUAUCCUAGCUUAUCCCUGAUUAAAAUCGAGAUCUUUAUAUAAACUUUCACUUGCUGCAGAUUUUUUUUUUUUUGAGGGAAUUAGGCUAGAUCUUCCCCAAGUUCUGUAUAUAGAAGACAGGAAUUAAAUUACUUUUGAGUAUUAUUUUUUCAUCGGGAAACAUCUUCAGUUCAUCAUUUGGUAUUUGAAAUAUGAUAAUGUAUUGACCAUUGCCCAGAUGUAUAUUCUAUUAACCUGUUGUGACUUGUAUUCAAUAUUGUAAUGAUUCUGGCCAGCAAUAUGUAGAGGACGGCAGUCACGCGCAGGUUCAAGCGUACAGUUCGCCACUCACGAGUACAGAUGGUGGAAUUACUCUGCCAAACGUCAUUGAGUCUAAAUUCUCUAAUUCAAAUUAAUUCUAGUUCUACACUUAAUUUAAUAGUUCCGGAGCCAUGUUGAGGCAAUGAAUAUUGGCAUGGGCAGUCAAAAAACAAAUUAAAAGCUUUCUCUUUGCGCCGAAUUUCGCUCAUAUAAUUAUCAUAAAUGCAUCGAAAACGUAGAACAUCAUGACACGUUCGACACUUUUGCUGAACAUUUAUUAGGGCUGGUCCGAAUAGCAAGGUUAAAUCUUACUCUCAAUUAUGAAAAGCAGUUGUUGGAUAUUAUAAAAUCGCUGAUGAUUGUAUAACGACCUUGUGGGCCUCAACUUCAAUGCUGCGAUGCGCCCUCACCGAACUUCAUUUCUGGCGUUUUCUUAAUUAAAUUGCCCGAUCUGUUGACGUUAUUGGAACUCUUAUAAUAGAAGUAAAGCUCUAUAGUAGCGGACUUGCAUCACAUGUUCACAUCAUAUACUCUGUUGCCGUUCUUUUUACUUGUUGUAUUGUGUUACCGUAUGUUGCAGGAUACGUUCACGUGCUGCAGAAUUUAAGUACUGACGUUGUUCUUGUAUUUUCGAUGGCCUCCCGGCACUGCCUCUGACCCACCUAUCUAGGCUAAGUCGUUGCCAGUUUUAUGGCCGCGCUUUUUGUCCUCAAAAGUUUUGAGGAAAAUUGCAGGAUGAAUAUUUUUAGUAAAGAUCAUAGCAAAGGAGGCUCUCUCGUUUUCUUUCCAAUCUUGAUUUAGUGAAAAUGGAACUUGUUCGUCUACAGUUGACGUCUAUUUGCCUUGCUUAAAAUGGAACCUUGUCUCUUGUAUUUUGGCAUCUACUUCAUUUCUGAAAGAUUGAACGUCCUUUAUUUUUCGUGCAAGUAUGGAAAAUUUUACGAGGUUAUGCUGCUCUUUUACCUCAAUUGUAGGGAAGUGGGCGUGCGACUAGCUUGCUUUUUGCGGAAAGAAUUUUUGUUCUAAUUUCAAUACAAUUUAGUUAUUUCAUCCAUUCUAACUGGACUCUUGUAGUCCCACGACAAAUUUAUGUCUAUUACCAACAAAUGCUCUUCGUCAUUAACUAUGUCUCCUUUAAAUUGUAUGAUCCAUAAACAAAUUUCAUUGAGGAGUACGGUAGAAAUCAUGCCUUAUUUCAUAACUCUCUAAAUUGACUUGUUCCAUUAACAAAUCUCAGUGAGUAGUACCGUAGGGAUCGUGUCCUAAAUUAUAAUAACUGAUUAGGUGACUUUGUUGCUUAGGUACAGCAUCCCAGUAGUGAACAGCCUCCUGUAGCGCAUACCUGCCCCUGUAUGGAAUAGCUUGGCCAGCGACACGCCGUCAAUUGGACGUACGGCGGCAGACUCAUUAUCUUUUAAUAAAGACUCAACCGUG